ACGCGGCCAAUCUCUCGUCUCAUCUCCCCGGCGCCAGAUUCGUCGUCGUCGUCGUCUUCCUUCCCCCACCCUGCCUCACUGCCUCUACCUCGGCAGGCUCACUCACCUCGCUUCCUGUCCGACAUCGCGCCGCAUCCCCCCAUCCCUCGAGCUCGAUCGGAGUACCGGAGAGAUCCCAAAAAUUCUCUCGCCCGCCGCCCCGCCCGGCGCCGGCGCGUUGCCUCCUCGAUUUCCUCUCCCAGGAGUCGAGAUCCCGGAGCCCCGCGGAUUGGCUGGCCAACCGAGCCGGGGAUUCUAGGGUUUGUCUCCCCCCCGGGGUUGGUUGCGAUGCUCGCGUCCCGCAUCCCGCUCAAUCGCUGAGCCGUCGCCGCCGCCGUCGCCGGGGAGAGAUGGGGGAGCCGCCCCCUGCCGGAGAGGGGAGCGGCAUGAUGAUGCCGGCCAAGCGCCGCCGCGAGCGGGUGUUACCGUCGCGGUUCAAGGACUCGGUGCUGGUGCUCCCGACGGCCGCCGCGAAGAAGGGCAAGCCCGCGGAGGCCGCGGCGGAGGGGGGAGUUGUGGACGGGGAGCUCUACGACGUGGAGCUGGAAGAAGGGGAUCCCGGCAUGCUGUGGACCGGCGACGAGCGGCCGGUGCAGACGGAGGAGGAGCUGUACUGGGCGUGCAGGAACAUCAGGAGAAGCAGCACCUCCACCUCCGGUAGCUUCAGCAGCAGCAUCUUCAGCGGUAGCAGCGCGGUGACGUCCUUGAGCAAUGCCGGCGGCGGCGGGGGGAAUGGGCGGCCGGAGGGGAAGCCCACGGUGGUGGUGGAGUGCAAGCCGAAGAGCGAUGGCGGCGAGAGGAAAGAGGAUUUCUACUGGCCGGAGGAAUUCGUGCUCGGGGAUGUUGUGUGGGCGAGGUCGGGGAAGAAGUGCCCGGCAUGGCCUGCGCUGGUGAUUGAUCCACUGCUUCAUGCGCCAAGGGUCGUCUUGAACUCCUGCAUCCCGGGUGCACUCUGCGUCAUGUUCUUCGGAUACUCUAAUAGCGGCCUCAGGGACUAUGGAUGGGUUAAGCAAGGGUUGAUCUUUCCCUUUGUGGAGUACCUAGAUAGGUUUAAGGGCCAAACUUUAUAUAAGAUCAAGGCAAGCAGAUUCCGUGAAGCAAUUGAGGAGGCUUUCCUUGCUGAGCGUGGCCUUUUUGAGCUCGAAACGGAUGAGGGGUGCUCACUAGAGAAGUCUGUCAAUGACCAGUCCAUCCCUGACGGGUUACUGGAAGGGUCUGGUUCUAAUAAUGAGCAGGAAUGCCAAUCGGAGGCUCAGGUUGUUGGCAAAUCACCUGGAUGUGAUAUUUGCGGUAAUCGUCUUCCAUGCAAGAUAGCAAGCAAAAAGAAGCAAGCGGGAGAACGAUUACUCUGUAGGCACUGUGAUAAGCUAUUACAGUCAAAGCAGUACUGUGGCAUAUGCAAGAAAAUUUGGCACCAUACAGAUGGUGGAAAUUGGGUUUGUUGUGAUGAGUGUCAAAUUUGGGUUCAUGUAGAAUGUGACCAGACAUGCAUCAAGAUGGAGGACUUGGAAAAUGCUGAUUAUUUCUGUCCGGAUUGCAAAUCAAAACGCAAGAAUAUCUCCAGUUGAACAAAUGAACACCCCUAACAGUUCAGAACAUGUAGUAUGUAGGGACUAGUGAGGGUGGUACACUGGUACUGAAACUGUAUUGUGAUAUGGUCAAACGGGUUCUGGUGCCGUCAUGUUGUUUUGUUAGACGUGCUUUAGAAAAUAGCAUUGUCCAUAAACUGUAAUCACUAUUUUCUCUGUGACAAUGUGACCUACCAACUAGAAAGCCUGUACUAGGAUCCCUAUCCGCAAUGUAGUAUCCACAAAGGCACAAACCAGCGUGUAUGUUGUACAUAAACCAUGCAUGCAUAUAUGUUGUAAAUAUUAAUUAUUUGAAAUGCUUAUGCUGUUGUAUGUUUAGCCACCGAAGUAAUGUAGUUUGACAGUUCUUGGGACUUUCAUCACUUCAUAACUCUAUUUAUCUACUCCAUGUUGUAUCA